AUGACAAAGUUCCAAAGAGGUGAACUCAUGGAAGGAUGGAAUGACUGUCCAGAUAUCAUGAUGCAGGCGAAUUCCAGCAAUAGCAGUGUUGGAUCCCGUUCUAAAAGAAGAACUCCUCGUGCAUAUGGCUCUGCCAACUCUUCCCAGAGUAAUGUGGGCUCUGGAGGCUCUGAACCACCUCGUGAAUACUCUACCGAAGAACUUCGGCAAACUAGAGAGUCUCUCGAGGAUUACAUAAGCAAAGGUGAGUUCAAGGAGGAGGACAAGACUUUCGUGACUGAAAGACUCAUAAAAGCAUAUGAUGAACUUGAAGCCCAGCACCAACAGUUUGUGACGAGAGUGGCAGACGCUGUGAUUUCCAAGCUGAAGAAACCAUCACAACUCAAGACUGAGGUUCUCACGUUCAUGAUGGCCAACAAUGGAGUGAGUUCCUGGGCAGUUGCGCUCAAGAAGCUCGCUGAGAUGCAAUAA